CCCAUUCGCUCGCAGAAACUUGAGGGUUUUCCUCUGCUCCGCACGAAUUCCUCAGGGCGCGCCUGGUUCGGGUGCUGCUGCCGGAGCUCAGGAUCUGGAACAGACGUGGAGCCCCGACCGGAAGCGCCAUGAUAGACUUCGCUAUCUUCGCCGUGACUUUCUUGCUGGCGCUAGUGGCUUCUGUGCUCUACCUCUACCCGGCUUCCAGACGAGCUGCAGGAAUUCCAGGGAUUACACCAACUGAAGAAAAAGAUGGUAAUCUUCCAGAUAUUGUGACCAGUGGAAGUCUGCAUGAGUUCCUGGUUAACUUGCAUGAGAGAUACGGACCUGUGGUUUCUUUCUGGUUUGGUCGGCGGCUUGUUGUUAGUUUGGGCACUGUUGAUGUACUGAAGCAGCAUAUCAAUCCCAAUAAGACAUUGGAUCCUUUUGACACCAUGCUAAAGUCAUUGUUAAGGUAUCAGUCUGAUGGGGCCAGUGUGACUGAAAACCACAGGAGGAAAAAGUUGUAUGAGAAUGCUGUGACUACAUGUCUGCAGAGUAACUUUGCUCUUCUGCUAAAGCUUUCAGAAGAAUUAUUAGAGAAAUGGCUAUCCUACCCAGAGACCCAGCAUGUACCUCUCAGCCAGCACAUGCUUAAUUUUGCUAUGAAAGCUGUUAUACAGUUGGUAUUGGGUAAUACAUUUAAAGAAGACCAGGAAAUCAUUAACUUCCAGAAGAAUCAUGGCACAGUUUGGUCUGAGAUUGGGAAAGGCUUUCUAGAUGGGUCACUUGAUAAAAGUACAACUCGGAAAAAGCAAUAUGAACAUGCCCUUGAACAGCUGGAAUCUGUUUUAAAGAAAACAAUAAAAGAAAGAAAAGAAGGGAAGUUCAAUCAACAUAUUUUCAUUGACUCCUUAGUACAGGGCAACCUUAAUGACCAACAGAUUCUAGAAGAUGGAGUGAUAUUUUCUCUGGCUGGUUGCAUAAUUACUGCAAAGUUGUGUACCUGGGCAGUUUGUUUUUUAACCACUUCUGAAGAAGCUCAGAAAAAGCUGUACAAUGAAAUAGACCAAAUUUUGGAAAAGAGUCCUAUUUCUCCAGAAAAAAUUGAACAGCUCAGAUACUGUAGGAAAAUACUUUGUGAAACUGUUCGGACUGCCAAGCUGACCCCAGUUUCUGCCCGGCUUCAAAAUACUGAGGGAAAAAUCGACCAAUUUAUUAUACCUAGAGAGACUCUUGUUCUUUAUGCCCUUGGUGUGGUACUUCAGGAUCCUAAUACUUGGCCAUCACCAUAUAAAUUUGAUCCAGAUCGCUUUGAAGAUGACUCAGUGAUGAAAAUGUUCUCCUCACUUGGAUUUUCAGGCACACAGGAAUGUCCAGAGUUGAGGUUUGCAUAUAUGGUGACCACGGUACUUCUGAGUGUAUUGGUGAAGAAACUGCACUUACAUUCUGUUGAGGGACAAGUUAUAGAAACAAAGUAUGAACUUGUCACGUCGCCCAGGGAAGAAGCUUGGAUCACUGUCUCAAAGAGAAACUAAAAUUGUGUACAUUUUUCGAUCUUUGUUUAUUAGGUGAAGGAAAAUGGCUGUUUAGAAUAUACAUUGAAUACUCAGAUAAAACAAGUAUUUCAUAAGCACCUAUUACUACUUCACUCUGUAAAUUUGUAUUUUUACACAUCAGGUUUUCUUAAUACAUGAUAUAUGUUUAUACUUGCUCUACUAAUAGACUGAUCAUUUCAGCUCUAAUUUCUACUUUUAAUUUCUAUCAUUUUUCUAAGCCAUUUUUAUCUUCUUAGCUCAAUCUCUAAACAUUGUUGAAUAGAAAAAGUGGAUUUUUUCAAAUUGGGAAAUCAUAUGCUUCAAAUAUUUAUAGAAUAAAAACGUAUGCUCCUUUUUGUACUUCC